AUGAAGCUCGUUUGACCGUUGAUACUGCGGUUGACUAUUAUGAUCGGUUGAUCAUGAUCCGAAGAAUAUAUCCCCGAAUCAACAAACGUGUCAAAGCCGUUCAGAUCUGUCAAAGCGUGUCUAGAAUGAAACAGGGUGGUGCCUCUCUUUAUCUCCCUUUGACAAAAAAACUGCUGCGUACAAGGCUUUUGAAGGCUGGCAAGGCAUCAAACCUGCCCAUCGACAAUGAGCCACAAUGGGUCUAUCCUCUACGUUUUGCGAACGUUCUGCUGUCUUAAAAAAGCUGAUCAGGGAUGCAGGGAACGGUAACGAUACCUAUCCCACAGAAUGCCCGUCCCUAGCGCCACUACCGAUGAAUAUCUUCACCAUCCGCAAAAACCCCGUCGGACCGAAUGGCAGGGUACUUACCCUAUCUCAAGGGAGGACAAGAUUAAGUUAGACCUAUGGAUGAGCACCCACUAUGAGGCCCUACCUGAGCCCUCUUCCAACGAGGCAAAGGAAAUGGGGGUAGUCCCUUCGUUUCCUUACAAGGAUGUCCCGAUCUAUGGCGAUACAGCUGAUAUUAUGGCAUUGUAUUUUCGUGGCGUUUGGGGUUGCUUGCUCACCCCUAAGAAUGUCAGCGACCUGGUAGAUACGACUGGCAUUCGUUACCAUGCCUGGGUCGCCACUAAGAAAGUGCUCGAAACAUAUCCACAAGGCUCGAAUGCGUUCUAUGUGAGGCGUGUCCUUCGACAAUUCCUUUUUGAACUCGGUCUGGCCAUGUUAGGCGCCGUCCAGGGCCCUGUAGUGAUAUUCGUAGAUUCGCGCUUUCACAACAGCAAGGCUGCCAUGGUGGACGAAGCCCGCGCCCUCGUUGACCUUUUUGACCGAGCUGAUGUCCGACGAUGGAGAGUUGUCAUCACGCUGCCAGCAACAGAAGACGGUAUCCGUGCUGCGUACGAACUCACCAACAAAUACUCAAUAGGUAUACAUCUCUCAAUGGUGACCUGCCUUGCACAUACUCGCGCCUGCAUCGAAGCCGGAGCGACCAUGCUGAGUAUGAAUCUCGCUCCAAUCAUGACAUGGUUCGAGAAGAAAGACAGGGUCGAAGUCGAACACCCAAUUGCUCCCGGUCAUCCUGGCAUUAAGAAAAUUCAAUCAUGUAUCAAUUACAUCCGCCAAAACUCUUUGAACACUUCUCUGCUAGUAGCUGACAUUCGGGAUUGGGAUGAAUUGAAGCAAUUGAGUGGGAUUGACGCCGUCGCGCUGAAUAAAAAACUGCUCGAUCAGAUUUCCAUGCUUGGGCUUACGACCUGGUUUCCGGAAAUCUUGGAAGACUACGAGGUUUCACCUGUCUAUCGAGAAGCCAAGCGUCCUUCCGACUUCCUGAAUCACGAGAGAGGUUUUGGAAUGACUUUAUCCGCUGGGGAUCGUAGCCUUAUGUCGUCUGUGGUUUACAUUCAGCUUGGACAGAACAAAGUUUUCAUGGAGAAGAUUGAAGAUAUCAUCAGAAAAGAAGUCAAUGAGCGCCUCUACGUCGACGCCUUCGAUCCGCAACCCUACUCUAUAUGGCGGUAAAGAGGGGAGCGAAAAUACAACAUGCACCGGGACAGCUUCUCCAGGAAAAAAAACCAGGUUCCGAGACGUCCUAUGACCCUGAGAACUACGAUAAAGGAGGU